CAGAAAACACGUGAGCAUGCGCAGUGCUUCCUCUCAGAAAACACGUGUUGCAGUCAGCAGCAGCAGUAGUUGAGCUGCAGGUGUUUGUCCUCCGUGAAGCUUUCGCCGAGAGGACCUGAUCUGAUCUGAUCAAAUCAAAUCUCUAACAUCAUGACUGAAGCUGAAAUCAAUCCCAAGGCCUACCCUUUGGCUGAUGCCACUCUGACUAAAACUAUACUGGACCUGGUGCAGCAGGCAUCCAACUACAAGCAGCUGCGCAAAGGAGCAAACGAGGCUACUAAAACGCUGAACCGUGGAAUUUCUGAGUUCAUCGUUAUGGCCGCUGACGCUGAGCCACUGGAGAUUAUUCUACACCUUCCAUUACUGUGCGAGGACAAAAAUGUGCCUUACGUCUUUGUGAGGUCCAAGCAAGCUCUUGGACGAGCUUGUGGUGUCUCGAGACCAGUUGUUGCCACAUCAGUGACUAUUAAGGAAGGAUCACAGCUGAAACCUCAGAUCCAGUCUCUGCAGCUGGCCAUUGAGAGACUCUUAGUUUGAGCCUGUUGUCAUGUACUUAAAAAAAAAAAAAGUCAGGUUAAUUUUUGUGUGUGUGUUUUGUUUAGCUUCUGUACUCUUUUUCUAUAGUCCUCAUGAUUAAGUAUCCUUCUUUUGCUAUGAGUAGGAUUAGGGACAGAAAUAUGACUGCAAUUUGUUAUUGAGAUCAGGACAAUUUUGUUUGAUUUGCAUUUCAUUAGUAGCUGCUGUCAUGCUCUUAAAUAUGACAUUUACUCCUGGUUUUUUUUUUCUACAACCUUUAUCUUGGGGACUUUUAAUAUGGAAAAAAAUAAUUUUUUAGAAAUGUGAUUACUGUUCUUUUUUUGUGAGGGCUUAUUCUCGGCUCGGCAGUGAUGAUGAAACUAAGCAUCUACGUUUCUGUGUACACAUCACUGCUGUGCUUGAUCGACUUCUACACACACCAUCUUUAGGUAAUAAUUGAAUACCAACAGGAUGUAAAUAUUUUUAAAUAGGAUUUACAAACAGUAUUCAUACCAUCAUAUGUGUGAAUAAGAAGUAACCAGACAAAUCAACACCAUUUGUUCAUCUUCAGUAACUGACUUAUCCUGAUCAGUGUGGUAUUGAAGCACAUCCUGGGAAUACUGGAUACAAGGCAGGAGUACAUUCUGGAUGGGAAGUCAGUCUAUCAUGGGGAACCAUCUGCACACACACACUCAAUUUAUUAUAGCCAGUCCACCUACUGGAUUGUUUUUGGGAGAUGAGAAGAAACCAGAGUGCCGAGAGGAAACGCAUGUAGAGAACAGGUGAAACUCCUCCAUACAGGAUCCUGGGGCUCUGAGGUGACAAUAUAACCUGCUGUGUCAGCUGCAACAAUGCAAAAAUUAGAAAAACUUUUUUUUUUUGGGGGGGGGGGGGUAAAUUUAUAUUAAUUCCACUUUAGGGACCUAAGACAGUUCCAACCCCCCAGCAUUAUCAUGUUCAAAAUUUUGACAAGACUUGAAAAAACGAGAGAGGAGAGCAUUCUGAUUUUUCUCUGCAAUUAAAAUGUCAAACGUUACAA